AUGACCACCACAGAGCCAACAGGCUCAGCACAGCCGCUCCCGGCAGUCACUCUCGACUUCUCCAACAAGUCGGGCGGCGCAUGGGACGACCGCGAGCUUGUCAACGCCUACGACGCGGCCCUCCUGGAGUUUCACAUCCAUAACCCCGGACCUGGAAGUUGGCUCGACAAGGCCACGGCUGCGCUGGCAAAGGGCCAGCCUCUGCCCGGUGCCAACGCGUUUGGCACAGAGUGGUACGCUGCCAGUCGACCAAAGGAAGAUACCCAGCGUGAAGGAGAGACAGAACCCGAAGCCGAGCCCGAGGCGUCCUCGUCUCGCCAGCCAAAGCGUCAGCGCACGACACGCACCCGGCCGAGUGUCAACCCGUACACCAAGCCAUACACCACCAAGCGCGCCGAAUCGCCCACAUAUUCGCCUCCGUCGCCGAACGGACCCGCAGGCGAGCGUGGCGCAGACGACGACGACGACGACGUGGCGGUCGAUGAGGGCGGGUACGCGCACGAGCAGGGCGUCGAGGACGAGGACGCAGAGGAGGACAGCGGGCUCGAGGCGCCCGAGCCCCACUGGGACCUGUACGACUACACCGGCGAGGGCGAGGCCGAGGGAUCGUGGGGACACCAAGGUGGUGCCGAGCAAGAGGGCGGCUACGUCUUCCCCGCACCGUCGGGCGAGUGGCCGUCUGCCGGAAGCGUGAGCCACGACGAGGCUGUGGGCUUUGCGCUGCACGCGCAGUACUGGGCCGGAUACUGGAUGGGUGUGGCGCGCGCAAGUGGUGGUGCUGGUGCGAGUAGGCCGCCGCCGCCAGCAGUUCCCGGCGGUCGCAACGGAUAUGCAGCUGCGAACGGUAACGGAGGAUUCCGCAGACCGAAAAGGGCACUCAAGCGAUAG